AUGAAAAGCUCUAAAGAUAAAACUAGAACUUAAUUUUUUUACAAAUUUAUUGUAUUCUUAUUCAAAUAUUUUAUUGGAGAAAGUGAAUUUUCAUAAAUUCUAUCUAAGGUCUUUGAAGGUAAUUAUGCUAUGAUUCCAUUCUUCAAUAAUAAGAAUGGAAUGUAAAAGCAAAGACUAAGCGUAGUAAGAUUAAGCAACAUGAUGAACUUAUGGAAAAAUUAUUAAACUUCACUACCAACAUAUAAUUUUAGGAAUAGCAUUUAAUUAAUUUAUAAUUAGGUCUUGCAAUUGCUAUGGCAGAUGAAUUAUACAAUAUUCUCUGUAUUUACUCAUAUCUUUUAUGCCUUGAAGUAAAGUACUAAUUAUAUCAAUGGAGAAUCUACUUACAGUAGUGUAGUCAAAUAAGCUUUUCAUGCAUUGCAAGUUGAUUAUUGA